CUGGCACCGCCCGAGUCGUGGAAGCUUGGCCAUGUCCUCUGCGUGUGGCGGCAUAAAAACAGCAAAUCUCCGCACGGUCUCCUUCUUACGCCCGUAUAGAAGGUGCGAGUACGCAGUUAAACGGCGAGGGGAGUGAUCCUUCCCGUUUCGGCCAACCCACCGCACCUUCCCCCGCGAUAACAAUUCCUACGUACCUUCCCUCUCCACUCCCCUCCACAGUCCACUGCUCGGGCAGCGACUGCCGCCUCGCGCAGUAGGCUGCUCGACCGCUCCACAACCACCACCACCACAAUGCCCAUCCUCCACUUGUUGAUGCGUCGACCGAACCGCCUCGACCUUGACCCGCGCACAGAUCCGUGGCCGGGCCAAUGCCUUUCCCACAAUGGCCGACGAUCCAAGUACACCCGUGAAUCCUCAUUAUCCACGCUCGCGAAAGAAGGCCCCUGAUGACGCCCAUGGCAGCUGCCACAACCCACCAUCGUCAUCGGAUUGCGACCACUCACCCACAGGCGUGCCAUUGCCCAGUUACAUGCGCAGACAGUCCGUCGUAGCCCGCUCGGACCGGCUUGUUUCGCUCACCUCCACCCCUGCCCGGGACGGCUACUUCGUUCGCCAAGCUCACCUAUUUCGGGAAACAGUGAAACCUUAUCCCUUGGCCAAAGACGGUGAACACGAUCAGCACACGUCCCCGGUUCAGGACGAAAUUGCCGGCCGCGACGGAGGUGUUCGGAUAGAUCCCUCGGACCCCGUUCCCUCGCCUAACCCGGAGCAGGUGCCGUCUCCGCAAGCAGAGUCACAAUCGUCGGCAUCGUGGACUGACGAUAACAUCUACUUACCUCCGCCUAGUCGCCGUGUCAGGCCUCCCAGUGUCAGGAAGUGGUUAGAGACUGUCGACACAGGCCUUUCUGCAGAACAGCUAGAGACGUUUCAAGAUCAUUCUCCGUCCCCUCGUACCAAAAACCGUCAGCGCCUGCGUCGUUUAACCCAUGUACGGGACGAGUCUGUGAACAGCACCGACAUGAGCAGCUCGCACUAUGUUCCCUCCAGCGCGGGAGCCACUUGGCGCGGCUCUAUCGGUGAACGCAAAUCGCCGCACGGGGACAUUUUCAGAACGAAGGAGACAGGAGGACGUUUCGCGAGCUACUUCGAUGAGAAUGCUGUUGGGAAAGACAAUGACCACGGUGAUUUCAUCUUCGAGGCUCCGCGAGGCAGAUGGAGGAGAUGAGGUUGGAUUAGGGGACGCAAGAUGAACAGCGAGUAGACCUUCCACUAUCAGCGCAUGGACUCUACCAAGUCACUAGGUUCAUCCUUGCUCAUACCUUCAACUAUAGACUAGAACAUGGGACAUCGGCCAGACCAGACGCUCUUUGCAAACCACGAACAUUCCACUAUCUUGCU